AUGCACUACACAAGCUUCCUCGCCAUUGUUGCCCUUCCUGGCGCGCUGGCAUUCCCCUGGGGUCUUGCUCCCCGGAAAAGCAAGGCAAAUGCUGCGAGCACAGACGUUACACUCUACGCCUACGGCAGAAAUAUUUCUGGUUUUCCUGUUCUCUACGGUUCAAGCGAUGACCUCCUCUACGUCGCCGCAAGCAACACCACUGUCACGGGACUGCAGUCGGUGACCUGGGACAUCCCCUCCCUGAGCGAUGCCACCUCAACCUCCACCACCGCCACGCUGGCCAACGGAACCUCGCCCGGAGGCAUGUACGUCAAUGUCACGACUGAUGGCACACUUGGCACCGUCAGGGUGUCUUCUACCAACGCCUCGACGGGCGUGACGACCUACGGCCAGCAGCUCGUGUACAACACCGGCUCCUCGCUCGAGGCCAAGUUCUGGGCCAAGGAGGUGACCGUCGGUGGGGUCCAGGUCUGGUCCCUGACCUGGAACGAGGCCAACGAAGACCAGGAUGAUGCUGUGGUUGUCAAUAUCAAGACUUCUGCUCCUGCUUCUACUUAG